AUGCCUGCGUCCAGCUCCGGUGCGUCCGCUGCAGGCGGAGCACCGGUUAAGGCGGUUAGUUCGCCUGGUAUCGGUCCUCAAGCGAAAGCUACCCAGAAAUCUCGUGAUAAGAGCUCUGUAAUAGUCAGAGCUCGAGAGCACUACGCAUCGCAAUUUCCUACGGCAUAUCCUAUGGAAUCCCAGCUUUGGGGGUUUGAUCAUUCACAAAAACAAUGGAGAAGAUGUAGCGUCGUUCAUGCUAGGUCUCGUAUCCCUGAUCGUGAUGUGGAGGAUCUUGGUCCUAAAGAUUAUGAUUACUACAUCCACUGGGUAGGAUGUGACCGUCGUUUAGACUGUUGGCUUGAGAUAAAUGACGUACGUACCCUUGAAGAAGGUCCUGUUGAGGGUGACGAUGUGUGUCAUGAUGUCGUUGAAGAGGCACAUGACCAUGCUGGUAUGGAUGAGGAAUACUUACGUGAGCAUGAGAUGAAUACCAAAUUGAAGACUAUCCAGCGUGUUAAACUAGGUCCAUAUUUGGUCGAGGCAUGGUAUUUUUCACCAUAUCCCAAACCAUAUCAGGACCUUGAUACCCUGUAUAUUUGCGAAUUUUGUUUGCUGUUUUUUGUGCAUGAGAACGAGUUGAAGUGGCAUCUACCUCGUUGUGAGUUACGUCAUCCACCUGGUAAUGAGAUUUAUCGUGAUGGUAAUUUAGCGAUGUUUGAGGUUGACGGGGGUUUGAGUAGUGUAUACUGCGAGAAUCUGUGUUAUUUGUCUAAAUUGUUUUUAGAUCACAAGAGUUUGAGGCAUACUGUUAACCUGUUCAUCUUCUAUGUGAUGACCGAGGUGGAUGAAAACGGUUACCAUAUUACUGGUUACUUUUCUAAGGAGAAGCAUAGUACUAAUAAUGUGUCAUGCAUCUUGUCCUUGCCGCAACACCAACGGAAGGGUUAUGGCAAAUUUUUGACAGCGUUUAGUUACCUGUUAUCGCGUAAGGAGGGUCGUACGGGUACCCCUGAGAGACCACUAUCAGACCUGGGUCGUGCUUCAUACAUGUCAUAUUGGUCCGAAGUGUUAUUGGAUAUUUUAUUCGACCCACAGCAUGAGAACAUAACGAUAGAGAAGCUAUCUCUGAUGACAUGUUUCGAGCCUGCUGAUAUAAUAAUGUGUCUUGAGGAACUCGGGUUGCUGCAUACUCUUUCUAAUGGCACCUCUGUCAUAACGAUAUUGCCAGAAAAGAAGAAAGAGCUCCUUGCAAAAUCGCGUACGAAAACUCGGAAACUAUAUAUGGAGAAGCUACAUUGGAUACCUUACGACAGUCAUCAUGACAGUACUCCAGUAUAA